AGCGAUACGACGCCAACCCUGGCCUUGCUGCAGCCUCCCGCAGUCUCAUAAUCUAGCGUCCGAUCAUCGUCGCCAACAACCUGCAAACGGCUUGUGUCUCCUUUCUUCCUCCUUGGCGACAUCAUGGAGGAUUCCGAGCGACGACCCAAGCGGUCUCGUUUCGACCAGACCGAGCCUGAGCCCAAGCGAGCCUCGAGAUUCGACAGACGCUCGCGAUCCCCGCCCGCGCGCCGUUCCGAGGGAAGAGAGCGCAGUCCCCUUCCCACCAAGGAGGAGUCUCCCGAGACAAAGAAGGCUCCGGUGGAUGCUGCUGCCGCCGCCGCCGCCGCUGCUGCCAAGAUCAACGCCCAGCUGCAAGCUCGAAAGGCUCCUCAGCAUGUCGACGUCCCCCCGAUCAAGUCCUCAAGCGGAACCCCUGCCGACGGCGGCGAUCAGGAGAUGAAGAAGGAGAUGUAUGUUGCCGAUGGCGACUUCAUCCAAGACAUCGAAGUCAACGACCUGCGCAAUCGCUACUUGUUGACCAAGGGCUCGACCCAGGAAAUGAGCAGUAAUGUUGACUCCAAUUCCGCAGACGUUACGACCCGUGGCAGCUAUUACCCAAACAAAAGCAUGGCCACUGCGGCGAACCCUCCCUUGUAUCUCCAUAUCACGAGUACAACCAAGGCUGGCCUUGAAGCCGCCGUGGAAAAGAUCAAUGAGCUUAUCAAGCAAGAGCUCCCUCAACUGGUCGACGAGCGUCGAUUCCGACGUCGAGAUCAGGAGCCUCAGCCGCCAGUUGAGCGAGACGAAUAUGGUCGACGGAAAUGGCCCGAGGAGAAGAUUCCCAUUGACCUCGAACCUGUUCACGGUUUCAACCUGCGAGCUCAGGUAGUCGGUCAUGGCGGUGCCUACGUGAAGCACAUCCAACAAGAAACCGGAUGUCGUGUCCAGAUCAAGGGCCGCGGUUCCGGCUACCUCGAAGCAGCCACCAAUCAUGAGAGCGAUGAGAACAUGUUUCUUCAUGUCACCGGACCUGACCCAAACAUGGUUGCCAAGGCCAAGGAGCUUUGUGAGGAUCUGAUUGCCAACGUCAAGGAACAGUACGAGGAGUUCAAGGCCCGUCCCCCGCGCUACAACAACGAUCGCGGCGGAUAUGGAGACCGUGGCGGAUACGGCGAUCAUCACCACCGCGGAUCGCACGACAGGCAUGGUGGUUCUCACCACAAUUCCUACUCUUCAUACAACCGAUACAACUCCGAACCUCGCGCAUCCAAUAGCCCUGCUCCAGUAGCCGCUCCCGCCGCCAACGCUGCCGACUAUGCCGCUCAGUAUGCCCAAUACUAUAACGGCGCGGACCCCUAUGCUGCAUGGGGAGGAUAUGCUAACUAUGUCGCUCUCUAUCAACAAUACUACGGAGGUCAGACUCAAGCACCAGCUCAGAGCUCACAUGCUGCAGCAGCCCCCGGCCAAGCCGCUCCGCCGCCGCCUCCUCCGCCUGCCGAAGCAGCCCCCCCUCCGCCCCCUCCCCCAAGCUCUGCACCCCCUCCGCCGCCGCCGCCAUCCGGACCGCCUCCUCCUGGUGGGAGCUUCAGCGCCGUAACCAGAACCAGAGUAGGCGGUAGUGGUCAUUCUGAGUGCCAGAAAGAAAUGUCCCACCAAUCGUACCCUCAUCACGACCCUAUCAAGGAGCCGCAUUCGGUUUCCGUCAAAGUGCUCAGGCUCUCCCAGCCGUCGCUGGUGACGCAGCAUCCGAUCGAUCCUCCGUUUUCUCCCCCCAACACCAAAUCGCAGCCAGCGCCCGCCUCGCUCGCUUACGCCCCUUCCAGCACGAAUCCGGACCCCUUCCUGCUCAGCCCGAUUCUCAAUCUGCCAGUGUCCUUUGGCUCGGCCUACGUGGGCGAGACGUUCAGCUGCACCCUCUGCGCCAACAACGAUCUGCCCCCCGAUGCCGCGAAGCGCAUACGUGAUGUCCGUAUCGAAGCCGAGAUGAAGACCCCUGGCCUGGGAGGCACGCAGAAGCUCGAGCUCGGGCCCGCGAACACUCACGAGGGCGCGGCGGCAGGCGGCGGGGGCGUAGAUCUCGAGCCGGGAGGCACGCUGCAGAGGAUUGUUGGCUUCGAUCUCAAGGAGGAGGGGAACCAUGUGCUUGCCGUGACGGUGAGCUACUACGAGGCUACGGAGACGAGUGGGCGGACGCGGACGUUCCGAAAGCUGUAUCAGUUCAUAUGCAAGGCGUCCCUGAUCGUGCGGACCAAGGUCAGCGGUCUGGACGCGAAUACGAGCAGCAGCGGCACGAGGAAAUGGAUUCUCGAGGCGCAGCUGGAAAACUGCAGCGAAGACGUGAUGCAGCUGGAGAAGGUGGUGCUGGACGUGGAGGACGGGCUGGGCUACCACGACUGCAACUGGGCUUCGGACGGGGACCAGAAGCCCGUGUUGCACCCGGGCGAGAUUGAGCAGGUGUGCUUCCUGGUGCACGAGAAGGGCGCAGACAGCGGCGUCAGGAUGACGCCAGAUGGACGCAUCAUCUUUGGCGUUUUGGGAAUUGGAUGGCGAGGCGAGAUGGGCUGUCGUGGAUACCUAUCGACAGGCAAGCUUGGUGCUCGGAUCGCCGUUCGUUGA